AUGCAUGACAAUAAAGGUGAAAAUGCAACUACGAAUAGAGUAGUCGAAAACCAAAAAAAAAUAAGCAAUAAAAUUAACCAAACAUCUCAAGAAAUUAGCAACGCUAAUCCCUCUGAAUUAAAAAAAACAAAAUCAAGUAAUCGAUCAUCAGUGAUAGAUCAUUCAACAAUCGUAAUUUCAGUAUCAUCGGGAACAGAAAACGACAAAGUUCUUGAUAAUUUAGAGUCUAACAAUGCUGGCAGUAAUGUAUCAUCUACCAACGCCAGUAGUAAUGUAUCAUCUACCAAUGCUAGCAGUAAUCCACCAUCCACCGGAUUAUUAAAACCAAAAACAGAAAUGGUGAAUAUUGAACAGUCGCAGAAAAAUCAGCAGUCUAUUUUUGUGUCUCGACCACCACCAUAUCAACAACCACAACAUCAACAACCACCAUUACAUCAACAACCACCACGUCAACAACCGCCACAUCAACAACCACCACAUCAACAACCACCACCACAUCAACAACUACCACAUCAACAACCACCACAUAAACCACCACCACAUCAACAAUCACCACAAAUAUCAUCGCACCAACAACCUCCAUCGCACCAACAACCUCCAUCACACCAACAACCUCCAUCACACCAACAACCGCCAUCACACCAACAACCGCCAUCACACCAACAACAACCUUCUUACCAACAACCACCUCCGCAAUUAUUUUAUCGGCCACCACCUCCUCAACAAUUGGUUCAUCGUAAAUCACCUCCACAGCAAUCACAACCACCUUCGCAACAACUAUCUCAAAGACAGCCACCUUUACAAAUGCGGCCACGGAAUGAUACAAAUCCUAUGCAACAACAACUGUUAAGACCAUUGCAACCACAACAAAGGUCACAAACGAACUCUAAUAUUUAUAAUACAAGUGAACAUGGCCAAAUGAUGUUUCAAAAUAAGUCAAACUUGCAUCAGGAAAAUAAAAGUGAAGUGAAAUUUUCCACAGUUCCUUUAGAUGGAUUAAAAUCAGUAGAAAAUUCUGAUAUUAAAUUCGAAAACAAUAAUAAAAAUUCUUUGCCAAACCAAGGUUGGACUAGUAGUAAGGAAAAUCCAAAUAUACGUCAGCGUGCUUCACAACCUCCAACAGAUACAAAAAAUUCCAAAAACCCUGGUGUUGAAAAAGAACAAUCAUCUGAAGGACAGACUAAGACAAACGAUAAACAAGCACAAUCUCAAAAUCCAUUUUCGACGAGUCUUCACUGGACUUGGAUUUUAUUGAUUUUCCUUGCAUUAACAGCUCUCGCUUUUACUGUUUAUCGACUGGAUUCAAUUUAUGUCGAAGAUAAAAAGGUUCAUAUUACGAUGCAACGUCCUUUCUUGGAAGUAUUUACAAACUCAACAGUUACUUUGAUGCAAGAUCUUAACAUGAUUAGCGAUUUACCUGCAUCAGAUACAAUUAUGAAAGGAACUGUCUUAUAUAAACGUUUAGCCAACAUUCUCGAAACUAGUCCUGGUUUUAAAAAUAAUGGUGCAGCCAUCGCAUCAUAUCUUCGUCAUUACAGCACUCAAAUAAUGGAAGCUGGUGAAGCGUUUGAAGAUAUGUACCGUCAAGGUGACUUGGUAUUUUGGAUUUUAGAUAGAGAGAUAACUCAAAUUCUCGAAAAAUUAAAACCAAAUAUAUUCGGACAAAUAUUCUUUAAAGAUGAUGAUCCUGCAUUUUUUAAAGAAAGAAUUAAAGAUAUGAUGCAAGUUGUUGACGCAUUUAAAUCAAAGGUUACGGCAGCUAUCAGAGCAGUUAGAGUUGCAGAUUCUAUUAGAGAUCAAACUGAAAAAGGAUUAUUUCGUGGAAUUAAAAUUGAAGCCGAAAAAUUUGUAAAACUUGGAACGCGUCAAAAUGAAUAUCGAUCGUCACCAUCAUACGUAAAUGAUGAAUUAAUUAUCGAUAUUGAAAAUGCUAAAAGUCAUUUAGAACAAGCUCAAGAAAUUUUAGAUUUGUUAUAUAGAUCAGGUUAUGGGUUAAAUAGGUUGAUUAUUAUUUUAAAUAAUUAUAGAAAUAGGUUACAUGAUAUAGAAGCUGAACUUGACGAUAAGAUUAGCAUUACAAAAAAUCAAAUCGAUAAGUUAAAAAAACUUUUGGAUAAUCUAAAGGAGUGUCAUGAAAAAUUUUCUAAACGAGAUUAUAUUGAUAAUGGUUUUGAUGAUGUUACUUUUGAUUCAAAGAAUGAAUUCGAUGGUUUUGUUAAAUUUGAUGAUGAUAAUUAA